AUGAAGCGCGACCACGACGACCAGCAGCCCGCGGCGGCGGCCUCUGCGAACGACGAUGCCUCGGCCACGGCCAAGCGUCGCCGCGACCAGGCGCCGGUGCAUCAGCCCAAGAUGCCGGUCGAGGUUCUCCUCCACGACCUCGUCCCGCACCUCACCCCAGAGUGCAUCCACGCCCUCAGCGACACCUGCCUCGUGUAUCGCCACGCGCUCCUCCCGCUCCGCUGGGAGACGCUGCGCAUCGACACCAAAAAGAAGCUCGCCGCGGUCCGCGACGUCGUGGCCUACUACCUGCCCGCCGAGGAUCGCCGCUCCAGGCUGACGUCACCCAUGUCCGAGGUGCGCGAGAUCGCCUGCGAGGUCGCGACCAGUGUCGACGCUGCGGCAACGCAGGCCAAGGAAAAAUCCACGACGCUCAUCGCCCUCAUCCGCGAGCACAAGUGCACCAUCGACAGGCUCCACUGGGCCGACGGCUCGUCCCUGCCGCCAGACAAGCUCUGCAAGCGCCUCGCCCCGAGCCUCCGCUCCCUCUCCAUCCACGUGGUCGAUCGCGCCAGCAUCGGCUCGUGCUUCGGCGAAUUGACUCGCCUGGAUACGAUCAGGUCGUCGAUCGCCUCGAAAAAGGGAGGCGUAACGGGGUGCCACUUUGUCCCGGACGGCAACCCGCUGCGGGAGCCCGACUGGGUGUUGUUGACCCUCAUCCGACGCAGAAAGCGCGACUUGGCCGCCGCCGACUGGGCGGACAGGCUCGUGCAGGGUGUCGAGGCCAUGGACGAGGACGGCAAAGCCGAGGCCGAGGGAGAUCAGGCGGCUGACCAGGCCGAAGACACAACCCAAGUUCAAGCUGAAAUCGAGGUCUCGCAGGCAGGCGAUGCGGAAGUGGGAGGAGAUGGCAACACGGACGUCGAGCGCCAGGCUCCGUCUGCAGCUGUCGACACCGGCGACACGACCGGCCCCCGCGCCGCCGAUACGACCGAUGUCCCCGCCAUCGAGGUGCAAGACGAGCAAGGCCACGCCGAGCAGACCGGGGCUGGCCAGCCCGGAGCGGAGCAAGUCCGAGGCGGACGAGCCGGAGAAGGUCACGAGGAUGUCACGGGAUCGCCCGUCGCUUCCGACAUCGAAGGGAUGAACGCGGAAGAUUGGGACGAGCAAGAAGAGUGGGACGACGAGGACGACGAGGAGUUCGACUUUGACGGCGCCGAAUUCGACUUUGAGGAGGAGGCCGAGCGACGCGAGGACCGCAGGCUGGCUCAAAACCUGCCCAAGCGCGCGGCGGACCCGGUGCAGCACCUCGAGGUGACGGGCACGUGCUACUCGCUGCUGGGCCGGGCGAGCCUGGUGUCGCUGGGGGCGUUUGAGAACCUGGUGCAGCUGCACGUCGAGGUGUGCCGCGUGGAUGGCUACUUUCCGCUGGCGCUGCUGUCGUGCCGCAAGACGCUCAAGCGGCUGCGCAUCGACUUCCAGUCCGGUCACGACCGGUGCCAGUUCCGCGACGGCGCCGAGGGCACUCUGCCGCGCCCGGACCGCCGCGAGGGCGAGGUCGAGUACUACGACUGCACGCUCGAGGGCCUGAUCCGGCUGUUUGAGCGCCUCGACGGGGGCAAGAUGGAGGCGCUGGAGCACGUUGAGCUCGACGUGUGGGCGAUCCCCGAGAGCUGGGACCGCUUCGUCGAGAGCUGCCCGCGCAUGCGCUACGCCAAGCUGGUGGAGCGAAAGGGCAAAGAGACGUUCCUGCUUCCGGCGGACAGGGCCUAG